CCAUUCAUCUUCUAAACCACAUCUAUCCACUUGAAUCACCACUAGGACGUCGUACGUCACUGAAUAUCCCUUCUAACUUGUAAGUUGCAAGUACAACUCUACUCACACACUAAUCUCACCAGACAAAAAAACAACUCUGGUUCUCACUCAAUGGCUGCUGUUCCAGUUACUUGUGUUAGGUUAACCACUUCAAUGCAGAUAGUAGGGAAAACCUCGGCGCUGAAGUUAGUCCCCAUGGGUCGAAACAAAAGUGGUUUCCCUUGCUUGAGAACAUCGCGCUUUCAAAUAUCUUGUGUGGCAAAACCAGAGACUGUGAACAAAGUUUGUGAAAUUGUGAAGACUCAGUUGGCAUUGGGUGCUGACACCGUGGUUGCACCUGAUUCUAAAUUCGCAUCUCUUGGUGCUGAUUCUCUUGACACAGUUGAAAUUGUGAUGACAUUAGAAGAAGAGUUUGGCAUCAGUGUCGAAGAAGAGAACUCUCAAAACAUUACUACGGUUCAAGAAGCGGCGGACCUUAUUGAAAAACUAGUUGAGAAGAAAAACGCAACUGCGUAAAUUCUACCAUUUUUAAUGUUAUUCUUUAAGUCUUCGGCUAUCAAAUGGACCAUUGAUUAGAAUAUUUGUUUGAAACCAAGAAAUAGAACACAAGUAUGAUUAAUUAUUUGCAAGAUUUUUGGAUUAUUUAUGAGUUUUUGGAUCUAUAAAUAUGUUCUAUCGUUGUUCA